UCAGUAAAAGUUUGGUUAACGCCCCGGAAGAUCAGUAUACCGCAGCACCAAAUGAAUUUUUGAACAAAUGUGCUUGCGAUGGUUUAUAUCUUCCUAAAGCCAUCAAUAGUGAACUCCCCCCCCACUAAUGGUAGAGGCUCAAAAAGAUAUUAAUGAAAAGUACAUGUGUCGUGCAGUGAAAUAUUCUACUUUGGUAUAUGAGAAAUAUGGUUGUUUUAAUAGUAGGUGUAUCCAGCGUAACCGCGUCAAUAAACAACAUACUAGCUCUUGCCACACGUCAUCCACUUAGUAAAGAAAUUCCCAAUCUGUUUUGGGCAAAACUUUGUCUUCUAAUGUCGUCAACAACUAUAUCAACAAUUGAAUCAAGUGAACAGUUGGAUCCUUUAGCGGCA